GGAGAGGGAAGGCGGGAAGCCAGCCAGAGCCUAGAGGCGGAGCCGCCCGGAGCAGCAGCGGGGCAGGCAGGUGGUGUCAGUCUGGGCUGGAAGUUGGCCGCGCAGGAGCAAGCGGACGGGACCUGGGGAGUGACUGGCUGAGGGGCAGCAGCCGGGGCAGGUGCCGGCUGCCCACGUGUGCGGGAGGCUCGGUCCCGGGCCCGCGGGCGGCUCUCCCGCGGACCCUAUGUGUCUGGCUCGGGAGCGCUCUCGCGCUGUGCUGCUUCGCGGGGCGCCCUCGGGAUGAGGAACCUGCUGCUCCUUCUCCUCGCCGCCUGCUGCAGCGUGGGGCCGGUGAAUGGCAUCCACCCAGAAUGCAGAUUUCAGCUGGAGAUUCAUAAGGAGGAAAUAAGAUGUAUGGAACUUCUAAAGAGUGUCAAAAGAGUGGCGUUUAAAGGAUGUGUUGGAGUUUGGGAUAACCUUACUUGCUGGCGCCCUGCUGAAAUUGGAGAGACUAUCACUGUCCCUUGUCCAAAAGUAUUUAGCCACUUUUUCAGCAAACCAGGAAAUAUUAGCAAAAAUUGUACAAGUGACGGAUGGUCAGAGAUAUUUCCAGAUUACAUAAGCGCUUGUGGUUAUUAUGACAGUGAUGAUGACAGUAAGAUUAAUUUCUAUAUACUAGUGAAGGCAAUCUACACCCUUGGACACAGUGCAUCUCUGAUUGCUCUAACGACAGGAAGUAUAAUUCUUUGUCUUUUCAAAAAACUUCACUGCACGCGGAACUACAUCCAUCUGAACUUGUUCCUCUCUUUCAUUCUAAGAGCAAUCUCUGUUUUAGUCAAGGAUGAUAUUCUUUAUUCCAAUUCCAACACAGCUCACUGUUCAGAGGAUCAGUCGUCAUGGGUUGGCUGCAAGGCUAGUUUGGUAUUUUUCCAAUAUUGUGUUAUGGCAAACUUUUACUGGCUCUUAGUUGAAGGACUUUACCUCCACAUCCUCCUUGUGGUAAUAUUCUCUCCUAACAGACAUUUCACAGUCUAUCUUCUGAUUGGCUGGGGAAUUCCUACAGUAUUCAUCAUCUUGUGGACAGUGACAAGGAUCUUUUUAGAGGACACAGGUUGCUGGGAUACGAAUGAACACAGUGGUCCUUGGUGGGUUAUACGAUUACCAAUUUUAGUUUCUAUUAUAGUGAAUUUUAUACUUUUCAUUAGUAUUAUAAGAAUUUUACUGCAAAAGUUAAGAUCGCCAGAUGUCGGAGGCAAUGAUCAGUCACAAUACAAGAGACUUGCAAAAUCAACAUUGCUGCUUAUUCCGUUAUUUGGAGUUCACUACAUGGUGUUUGCUGUAUUUCCUAUACGCAUUUCCAGUCACUAUCAGAUAAUUUUUGAGUUAUCUUUGGGAUCUUUUCAGGGGCUGGUUGUUGCAGUCCUGUACUGCUUUUUGAACAGUGAAGUACAAGGUGAGCUGAAAAGGAAAUGGCGGAGUUUGUGUUUGAGGCAGACAGUGGGCCGCGGCUACAGACCCAAUAGCUGUUCUAUUUCUCGAAAUGGCUCAGAAAGUGUCUCCCAGCUCCAUCAGAAUUCAGGGGCACAGUCUUCUAUGCAGACAGAGACCACAGUGAUAUAAACCAUGUAGCUCAAACUAAAGAUUAUGGGACAUAUCACUGUAUGGAGCUCAAUGUAAUAUUUUCUAAAAUGCACCAUUUAUGCUUUGCUUUUCUACAUAUUGACGUCUGGAGAAUGGCCUGGUGCAGUAAAUCAGGUAACAGAUGGGCUGGCGGCUUUGCAGACAUUUUGGCCUAAAUCCCCAAAGGUAUUUAGCUGCCUAACCCCCAUUGAUCUGAAAGCAGUAGGAGUUAGGCGCUUAAAUACCUUUCGAGAUCUGAGCCUUUGUGUUUUUAUUUAGUCGUAUUCACAUUACAUUCUGAUGUUCUCCUGUCAUUUGUACCAGCAGUAACUAUCUAAAUAUAAUUUAUUGUAAUGCUCCAUUUCUAUUUAUCUCUCUCUCUAAUAUGUAAUGUAUGCUGAACCACGCCCAGUGUAUGUUGCUUUGGUCCAUGUUUACGGGGGUAGGGUGGGAGGUGAGAGAGAAUAUCAUAUAUACCAUCUAUAUUUAAUAGACUGUUUCUUUCACACAGAUGCUAGACCCUACUAUAGCAAAGAAAAUUGAAAUAGAGAUAUUUAGGGCCAUAUGUAUGUUCCUGAUCCCCAUAUGGAAAUCCAGUUGAUGACAGUGGGAAUUUAGCAUACAGAUGAAGGGCAUUAUGAGUCCGUAUUUUGCACAGAAGAAAAUGUUAGUCCUUCUUAGCUCCUUACAUAAAUCCUAAUUCAAUUCAGAGCUACCUCACUGCAAUAUUUGAUCCUAAGGGCUUGAUCCUGCUUUCCUGCACGAGUGCCCAUUUCUACAUAUCUUAAUGCAGAAUGUGAGGCUAGCCCUGCAGUCCUUACAGAAAAGUCCAUUGCACAGUAGUGGUCAUUAAACAGUCAGCAUUUGCCAAUAGUGGUAUCUGAGUUUACUAGAGUUUUACCCCAUACUAAAAAUCAAAGAUAUCUGUGGUAACUCUGUGGUAACAUUUGGCAAAUGUUAAUGUUUUUAAUGACUUCUCCUCCAUCUGAUUUUUUUCUACCUACCUGACAGUACAUGUAUGUGUUUCAGAAAGGUGGGACUGAACCUUAAUACCCUAGCCAUCAAGUUCUAUGAGUUCUCAGAAAUGGUAUCCUCUUUGCUUUGGUUCAAAAGAAAAAAAUAUUUUGGUUACAUUUAUGAUAGAUAUCCAUCAUAUAAAAUAAACAGACAGAAAGGAACCCACACUGAUGUUAGAAAAGAGUUAGGAAUACAUAGAAUACAAACUAGGCGCCUCAAUCUCUUACUAUCUAACUUUCUAAAGGGGUAUUUUCCUAAUAGAACAACCUAGUGAAAACUAAACAGGAAUGGACAUCCCACUCACCCACUGAAAACAUGUUUUUAUACAUAAUGAUUUUAUUAAAAUAUAUCUUUAGAACUUCACCUUUGGCAGCUAAAAUUAAGUAUAUCAAAUUAUAAAUAUUACUGGAGUUUAAUGAACUAUGUAAAUACUUUCAACAAAAUGCCGUUUUAUAUCUGUGAGGUGAUUGAAAAUGCAAUCCUGACCAGCAAGGCCAGAAAAAAAAAAGACACAAUCCCAUUCAAAUGACCAUAAAAGGCAUAAAUUGAAAGGAUUUUUUUGGUAACCUCAAGCCCCUUAUGUAGCCCAGUGAAAUAAAAGACACAGCGCUGACAAGUGCUUAUAAAUACACACUGGAGUCUUACAAGACAUAAGCACUGUUAUGUUUACCUCUCAUGUCACAACUGACCAUGUCCUCUCUAAAUAACAAGUGUGAAUACUGUGCAUUUGCAUGAGUACUUUUGCCUCAUAAACUGAAGUGUUACCACAAUAUUUCAAACAGCAAAUUGUACAUUACAUGACAGUUGCCAUGAUUUAAAUAAUAAUCACUUAAUUCAUAUCUUCUAAUUAGUAUUACCAAUAAACACCCUGUAUUGUAGUUCAUUUUAAGUAACAAUAAGUGAUAGAAAUAAGAUUGUUUUGUGUAACAAUCUAUUUAUUGCCAUAUUCACAAACAAUAGCCUUGGUUCAAAAGGUAAAUGGUCACCGUUGCACAACUGAGGCCUUUCCUGUUCUACAAAAAUAAUCUGACAAUCAAGGGACUUUCAUACCAGCUUUUUAUACCUUAAGCCACUCAGAAUAUUUUGUAGAGACAGUCACUUUUCAAGUUAACUUAAAAAGUUAAAAAGAUUUGACUGUUCAGUGAUACUUGUGUGUUAACAUUGGUCAAAAUAUUCAGAUAUUUGGAACAAACUGAUAAACUAAACAGUAAUAAGUCACCAGGACCAGAUGGUAUUCAGCCAAGAGUUCUUAAGGAACUCAAAUGUGAAAUUGUAGGACUACUAACUGUAGUCUGUAACCUAUCAUUUAAAUCAGCUUCUGUACCAAAUGACUGGAGGGUAGCUAAUGUGAUGCCAGUUUUUAAAAAGAGCUCCAGAGGUGACCCUGGCAAUUACAGGCCGGUAAGCCUGACUUCAGUACCAAGCAAAGUGGUUGAAACUAUAAUAAAGAACAGAAUUUUCAGACACAUAGAUGAACAUAAUUUGUUGGGGAAUAGUCAACAUGGUUUUUGUAAAGAGAAAUCAUGCCUCACCAAUCUACUAGAAUUCAUUGAGGGCGUCAACAAGCAUGUGGGCAAGGGGGAUCCAGUGGAUAUAGUGUAUUUAGAUUUUCAGAAAGCCUUUGACAAGGUCCUUCACCAGGGGCUCUUAAGCAAAGUAAGCAGUCAUGGGAUAAGAGGGAAGGUCCUCUCAUGGAUUGGUAACUGGUUAAAAGAUAGGAAACAAAGGGUAGGAACAAAUGGUCAGUUUUCAGAAUGGAGAGAGGUAAAUAGUGGUGUCUCCCAAGGGUCUGUAGUGGGACCAGUCCUAUUCAACAUAUUCAUAAAUGAUCUGGAAAAAGGGGUAAACAGUGAGGUGGCAAAAUUUGCUGAUGAUACAAAACUACACAAGAUCGUUAAGUCCCAGGCAGACUGCGAAGAGCUACAAAAGGAUCUCUCAAAACUGGGUGACUGGGCAACAAAAUGGCAGAUGAAAUUCAAUGUUGAUAAAUUCAAGGUAAUGCAUAUUGGAAAACAUAAUCCCAACUAUACAUAUAAAAUGAUGGGGUUUCAAUUAGCUGUUACCACUCAAGAAAGAGAUCUUGGAGUCAUUAGCAGAACCUGAAACCUGAUGAUUUUGCAUGGUUUUCAGUUUCAUUACAUCUCGUACACUGGGACAGGUUGUGGCUGAUCCUGUGUCUAAGGCAUGGGGAGAUGGCCAGAUUGUGUUUCUCUUACUCAUUCUGAAUUACACUGUGCACCACAAAUAGCCCCUCUGACAUCAGUGCAUUGUCGUCUUCAUCUGGACAGAGUGGAGAUUGGGGAGUGGGGCACAGAUAACUGUUUGUGGCUCCCUGAUCUGGAGCUACCCUAUGUUAGCACAAGUUGGAGCUGCUCUGGAACAGCUCGAACGUAUGCCACUGCUGUAAGGCUCCACAAAGACCUUACUCCAGUAGCAGAUAGGGAGUAUGCCUGCUCAACUCUAUUGCACCCCUUCUCCCCACCCCAGAGCACUGCAGGCAUGCCCUCUCCCUCCUCUGACGCUGGAGAUGGGAAGGCAUUUGGCACAAACGUGAGGUACAAAGUGGCCUUAGCAGACCAGAGAAAGGCUCUUCUCAAUGUGAGAGUACCACAAUCUGGCCCUUCACAACUUUUGGGGGCGAGAGAGGGAAGAGAUAUGUAAACUGCCAUCUCCCAAGCUCAUCUCCCCACCUCAUCCAAAUUACAUCCAAGGAAAGUGACAAUGUGUAAAUGACAAAAGCCAAAAUUCUCCUUCUCCACUUUACGUGCAAAAUUUUUCACACAUCCCUAAUGACAAUCAAACAUUAAACUCUUCUGGCAACAUCAGGUAGAACUGACAAGUAAUCUGCAGAAAGAAUUACUCUGUAUUUAUAGGUUGUCAUUCCAUAGUCUUAGACUACAACCCUGUGUCUGCAGUGAUACAGCAAGCUGUGUCAUUUACCAACAAAAGACUACUUUUAAAUUACCAACUGUGCCUCUAUACACCUUGAUAAUCUCUGAGCAGUGAAUACUGCACUGCCAUUACCAAACUGGAUGAUUUAGUACACUGUGCUAUUUUUGUGAUUUAAAUAAAACAUCAAGAUAAACACCUUUUCUGACAAGUAUGUUAUGAGGACUACAUCACCAUAACAUUAAACACAGAGAAUUCCAGAGUCUGCUUUAAUAAUCCAGUAUAAAAAUGUAUUUUGCCAUUGAUACAUCUUGUAAUAAAGUGUAAUUAAACAAAAUCCAAGUACAUCUACUUUGUAAACUACUUUAUACCAGGCUGCUAUGUAUAAAACUGCUUUAUUUCCAUAUGUACUAUAAUAAGAUUAUUUACAUCCUGCAACUUUUCCCUAGUGCAUUCGCAUAAGAAACUGUUUAACACGUUCUCUUUGGUCCUCUGUAUUGGUAGUGGUUUUUAUGUGUCAAGUACAGUAAACUUUAAACCUGAUGUAAAUGAAUGGUAUUUUUUACAAAAUGUACAGAUUAUGAUGAUGUAUAGAUAAAUGUGUGUAAAUAGAUUUGCUUUUCAUACUUGUAAUACAGCAUCUGUAGUCUCUGUUAUCCUGCUGAUUUAUAAUGUCAUAAUGCUAACAGAUUUCUCUGUGGUUUGCUCC